CCGAAACACCGAGCCAAAGGGAACGGGGAAUAUUCUUAAGAAAACGGAGAAAGCAUGGCAGAAGGAGUCUGUAAAACUGAGGAGGAUGAGGGACCGAUCACAGAAGAAGAUUCUCAGUCGUUCCAUGGUCUCGGCGUUUGUAAAUGGUUUAACGUACGCAUGGGAUUCGGCUUCCUUUCCAUGACUAGUCGAGAAGGCGUACCACUGGAGGCUCCGGUCGAUGUGUUUGUUCAUCAGAGUAAGCUCCAUAUGGAAGGCUUCCGCAGCCUGAAGGAGGGCGAGGCAGUCGAGUUCACCUUCAAGAAGUCCUCCAAGGGCCUGGAGUCUCAGCAGGUCACAGGGCCAGGGGGCAUCCACUGUCUGGGCAGUGAGAGGAGACCGAAAGGCAAGAGCGUCCAAAAACGUCGAUCCAAAGGAGACAGGUGCUACAACUGCGGAGGCCUGGACCACCAUGCCAAAGAGUGUAAAUUGCCACCGCAGCCCAAAAAGUGCCAUUUCUGCCAAAGCAUUGCCCACAUGGUUGCCAACUGCCCAAUCAAAGCACAGCAGUCCUCACCAGGUUCUCAGGGAAAACCGUCCUCUUUGAAAGGAGAGGACGAAGAGCAUGCCCACUCUCCUCCGCCCCCCAAGACCCCCUAGACGAGGAGGGAGAGAGCAGGAAGCCGGGGAAGCACAGAAGCCAAUCAAACUGCUCUACUGAAGAGAUGGAUACGAGUUCCUUCUCAUCUGUUUAGCUGCUUUUGGAACUACCUCAGGUUGGGAAAAUACUGAUCAUGAAGAAUGUUGCUUAUGGUUUUUUUUAAUCUUGGUGUAGCACUCAGGAAUAUAGCUGUAUUAUUGCACUCAGGAAAAUGUUUUUAUGUAUUAAUCACCGUAAUGGUUUAAGGGAUUACAAAUGUAAUGAAUUGUUCCGUAUACCAGAUUGUUUUAGCUUAGUAGGAUCUGUCUUUUAUUUAACGUGACACAUUGCUACUCUCAGUGGCGUUCUCCUCUGCUAGUCCCUCACUCAGCAGGAAGGGCCAAUUCACCAUGUGUCAGUGUUUAGGUUCACUGUAGCUGCCUUAUACUAUGUUUAAUCUUUCCUGAUUGCUACACCUCACUAUCCGACAAAGGGCAGAGUUGUGUUGCCACAUCUCUGUAAUGAAUGUUUGUCUGCAUUUCGCAUGGGGGGUUUGAGGUUGGGGUUGGGGGUGGGACAUUGUAGAAACAAGUGGGACAGUUUAU